GAUUUCAGUAUAAAACAGAAGCUCCCAGUUCACUCUGAAGUUCAGGACUGACUGGCUUCCAGAAAAGUAUCCACACACCAAGUGCAUCACUGAAAAACAAACAAGUGAAACCAUGAGUGGGGAUUCGGAGAUGGAGUGUUUUGGCCCAGCGGCCGUAUACCUCCGGAAACCAGAAAGGGAGAGAAUUGAGGCUCAGAACACUCCCUUUGAUGCCAAAACAGCAUACUUUGUAACAGAGCCUGCUGAGAUGUAUUUGAAGGGUAAACUAGUGAAGAAGGAGGGUGGCAAAGCCACGGUAGAAGUUAAAGGUGGAAAGAGCAUCACUGUAAAGGAGGAUGAAAUCUUUCCAAUGAACCCACCAAAAUUCGACAAGAUUGAGGACAUGGCCAUGAUGACCCACCUCAGUGAGCCCUCUGUGCUGUAUAACCUCAAAGAGCGAUAUGCAGCAUGGAUGAUCUACACCUACUCCGGGUUGUUCUGCGUCACUGUGAACCCCUACAAGUGGCUKCCAGUGUACGAUGCAAUGGUUGUUGCAGGAUACAGAGGGAAGAAGAGAAUUGAGGCUCCUCCCCACAUCUUCUCCAUCUCUGAUAACGCCUAUCAGUUCAUGCUCCAAGACCGUGAGAAUCAGUCAAUCCUGAUUACUGGAGAAUCUGGUGCAGGAAAGACUGUGAACACCAAACGUGUCAUCCAGUACUUUGCGACAAUCGCAGUAGCUGGUGGAAAGAAGUCGGAGCCAAUUCCUGGAAAAAUGCAGGGAUCGCUGGAAGAUCAAAUCAUUGCAGCCAACCCCCUGCUGGAGGCCUAUGGUAAUGCCAAGACAGUGAGAAAUGACAACUCAUCUCGCUUUGGUAAAUUCAUCAGAAUCCAUUUUGGAACAACUGGAAAGCUGGCUUCAGCUGAUAUCGAAACAUAUCUGCUGGAGAAAUCUCGUGUGACAUUCCAGCUGUCUGCUGAGAGAAGUUAUCACAUCUUCUACCAGCUCGCAACAGGCCACAAACCUGAGCUAAUCGAGGGUCUCCUCAUCACCACCAACCCAUAUGACUUUCCCAUGAUAAGUCAGGGAGAAAUCACUGUCAAGAGUAUCAAUGACAUUGAAGAAUUCAUCGCCACUGAUACUGCCAUCGACAUCCUGGGUUUCACUGCAGAAGAGAAAGCUAACAUUUACAAGCUAACAGGAGCUGUGAUGCAUCAUGGAAACAUGAAGUUCAAGCAGAAGCAGCGGGAAGAGCAGGCUGAACCUGAUGGCACUGAGGUGGCCGAUAAAAUCGCUUACCUCAUGGGCCUGAACUCUGCUGACAUGCUCAAAGCUUUGUGUUACCCCCGAGUGAAGGUUGGAAAUGAAAUGGUGGUCAAAGGUCAAACUGUGCCACAGGUCAACAAUGCAGUGAGUGCUCUCUGCAAGUCUGUCUAUGAGAAGAUGUUCUUGUGGAUGGUCGUCAGAAUCAACGAGAUGUUGGACACCARGCAGCCAAGGAACUACUUCAUCGGUGUCUUGGACAUCGCUGGUUUUGAAAUCUUUGAUUUCAACAGCUUGGAACAGCUGUGCAUCAACUUCACCAAUGAAAAACUGCAACAGUUCUUCAACCAUCACAUGUUCGUCCUGGAGCAAGAAGAGUACAAGAAGGAGGGAAUUGAAUGGGAGUUCAUUGACUUUGGCAUGGACUUGGCUGCGUGCAUUGAGCUCAUUGAGAAGCCAAUGGGCAUCUUCUCCAUCCUUGAAGAGGAGUGUAUUGUUCCCAAGGCAACAGACAUGACCUUCAAGAGCAAACUGUAUGACCAACAUGUGGGAAAAAGUGCUCCCUUCCAGAAACCAAAAGCUCGUAUUGAGGAGCUAGAAGAGGAGAUUGAGGCUGAGCGAGCUGCUCGGGCCAAAGUGGAGAAGCAGAGGGCCGAUCUCUCCAGGGAACUUGAGGAGAUCAGCGAGAGGCUUGAGGAAGCUGGAGGWGCSACWKCWGYUCAGAUYGAGAUGAACAAGAAGCGUGAGGCUGAGUUUCAGAARCUGCGUCGUGACCUUGAAGAGGCCACCCUGCAGCAUGAGGCCACGGCCGCAUCUCUCCGUAAGAARCAGGCCGACAGCGUGGCGGAGCUGGGAGAGCAGAUCGAUAACCUCCAGAGAGUCAAACAGAAGCUGGAGAAAGAGAAAAGUGAAUACAAGAUGGAGAUCGAUGACCUCUCAAGCAACAUGGAGGCCACUGCAAAAGCAAAGGCUAACAUGGAGAAGAUGUGCCGCUCUCUUGAGGAUCAAUUGAGUGAGCUGAAGACCAAGAAUGACGAGCAUAUCCGUCAACUUAAUGAAAUUAAUUCUCAUAAAGCUAAACUGUUGUCUGAGAAUGGUGAAAUCAGUCGUCAGCUGGAGGAAAAAGAGUCUCUUGUUUCCCAGCUUACUAGAGGAAAACAGGCCUUUAUGCAUCAAAUCGAGGAGCUCAAAAGACACCUAGAAGAAGAAGUUAAGGCCAAGAAUGCUCUGGCUCAUGCGGUCCAGUCGUCUCGUCAUGACUGUGAUCUGCUCAGAGAGCAGUAUGAAGAGGAGCAGGAGGCCAAAGCCGAGCUGCAGCGCGCUAUGUCCAAGGCUAACAGCGAGGUGGCUCAGUGGAGAACCAAGUACGAGACUGAUGCCAUUCAGCGCACUGAGGAGUUGGAAGAGGCCAAGAAGAAGCUCGCCCAGCGUCUUCAGGAUGCAGAGGAGUCCAUUGAGGCAGUGAAUGCAAAAUGCGCCUCUCUGGAAAAGACCAAGCAGAGGCUGCAGGGUGAGGUGGAGGACCUGAUGAUCGACGUGGAGAGAGCUAAUGCUCUGGCUGCAAAUCUUGACAAGAAGCAGAGGAACUUUGACAAGCUCCUUGCAGAGUGGAAGCAGAAGUAUGAGGAGAGCCAGGCUGAGCUGGAGGGAGCUCAGAAAGAGGCUCGUUCGAUGAGUACUGAGCUGUUCAAAAUGAAAAACUCUUAUGAAGAAGCUCUGGACCAUCUGGAGACUCUGAAGAGGGAGAACAAGAACCUGCAACAGGAGAUCUCAGACUUGACUGAACAACUUGGUGAGACAGGGAAGACAAUCCAUGAGCUGGAAAAAGGAAAGAAGACUGUGGAAAGUGAGAAGUCUGAAAUCCAGACAGCUUUAGAGGAGGCAGAGGCCACCCUGGAGCAUGAGGAAUCCAAGAUUCUCCGCGUCCAGCUGGAGCUUACCCAAGUCAAGAGUGAAAUUGACAGAAAACUUGCAGAAAAGGAUGAAGAGAUCGAGCAGAUCAAGAGGAACAGCCAGAGGGUGAUGGAGUCCAUGCAGAGUACUCUGGAUGCUGAGGUCAGGAGCAGGAACGACGCCCUGAGAAUCAAGAAGAAGAUGGAGGGAGACCUCAAUGAGAUGGAGAUACAGCUGAGCCACGCCAACCGGCAGGCGGCAGAAGCCCAGAAGCAGCUGAGAAACGUUCAGGGACAGCUUAAGGAUGCACAACUGCACCUUGACGAGGCUGUCCGAGCACAAGAUGACAUGAGAGAGCAGGUUGCGAUAGUGGAGCGCAGAAACACCCUGAUGGUUGCUGAGAUCGAGGAGCUCAGAGCUGCUCUGGAGCAAACGGAGAGAAGCCGCAAAGUGGCUGAACAGGAGCUGGUGGAUGCUAGUGAGCGUGUUACACUGCUGCACUCUCAGAAUACCAGCCUCAUCAACACCAAGAAGAAGCUGGAGGCCGACUUUGUCCAGGUCCAAGGUGAGGUGGAAGAUGCCAUUCAGGAGGCAAGAAAUGCUGAAGAGAAGGCCAAGAAGGCCAUCACUGAUGCAGCCAUGAUGGCUGAAGAGCUGAAGAAGGAGCAGGACACCAGUGCUCAUUUGGAGAGGAUGAAGAAGAACCUGGAGGUCACGGUGAAGGACCUGCAGCACCGUCUGGAGGAGGCUGAGAAUCUGGCUCUGAAGGGAGGCAAGAAGCAGCUCCAGAAACUGGAGGCUAGAGUCCGUGAGCUGGAAGGGGAGGUUGAGGCUGAGCAGAGACGCGGAGCUGAAGCCAUCAAAGGCGUCCGCAAGUAUGAACGCAGAGUGAAGGAGCUCACCUAUCAGACUGAGGAGGACAAGAAGAACAUCGCCCGUCUUCAGGAUCUGGUGGACAAGCUGCAGCUCAAAGUGAAAUCCUACAAGCGUCAAUCUGAGGACGCUGAGGAGCAGGCCAACGCUCACCUGUCCAGGUACAGGAAGGUCCAGCAUGAGCUGGAGGAGGCCCAGGAGCGAGCCGACAUCGCCGAGUCCCAGGUCAACAAGCUGCGGGCCAAGAGCCGCGAAAUGGGCAGGGGAAAGGAGGCUGAAGAGUGAACAUGAAACCGAUUGAAACCCAAGCCAAGAAAUCAUAAAAUAUGAUGUUUUUGUCUGAUGUGUCAAUUGUGAAAAAGAAAUAAACGAGCAAGCAAUAACA